AUGCCUUCGAGAAAACCCUCUAAGUUUGGGAACAAGUUCCGACCAGGAACGGCAUCUUCGAAGCCACGACGAACAAAGACUAUCGAAUUUGGUGCCCUGCGCUCUACCGAAGCAACCUCCCAAGAUGAGAAAUUCGAGGCUAUCCGCUUGGCCAACAGCAUCGAUGAGACCCUCGGAUUUCCGCGCUUCGAGUCCGGGGAGACGAGAGCUGGCUGGCUCAUCAACAUGCACAGUACAACCAUAGAGGAUUCGAACGUACAGGGAGGCCGUGCUGGAGUUGACUACUACUUCCUCCAAGACGACGGGGGUAGUUUCAAGGCGACAGUAGAAUAUGACCCAUACUUUCUCAUUGCGGUCAAAAAAGGCUAUGAAAUGGAAGUCGAGGAGUGGUGUCGGAGAUCUUUCGAAGGACUGGUCAAGAGCUUCAAACGCAUCGACAAAGAGGACCUGAAUCUCCCAAAUCACCUGCUCGGUCACCGGCGGAAUUUCAUCAGGUUGAAUUUCGCCAACGUGAGCAAUCUGCUCGAAGUCCGCAGAACCAUCCUGCCACUAGCAGAGAAGAACAAGAAGAAUGCUACGGUGAUGGACGCAUAUGUCGAAAUGACCAGUGCGACUACUGGCUUCGACCUUUUUGACGACGAAAUAAUUAAUGAGCAACGACCUAACGGCAAUAUACAAGCGAGCGAUUUUAUUGUUGAUAUAAGAGAGUACGACGUGCCGUACCAUGUCCGAGUGUCGAUCGACAAAGACAUUCGCAUUGGAAAGUGGUAUAAUGUGGAGGCAAAGCACGGUGUGAUCUCACUGACCUGCUUGGAAGAACGAUUGCAACGUGCGGAUCCUGUUGUCCUAGCCUUCGAUAUUGAAACCACGAAGCUUCCUCUCAAAUUCCCCGACGCUGUGAUCGAUCAAAUCAUGAUGAUUUCAUACAUGAUUGAUGGGCAGGGAUUCCUAAUCACCAAUCGAGAGAUCGUCUCUGAGGACAUCAAUGACUUCGAGUACACGCCAAAGCCAGAGUACAGCGGACCCUUCGUGAUCUUCAACGAGCCUAAUGAGAGAGGUGUUCUCGAACGCUUUUUUGAGCACAUCAAGAUUGCCAAGCCUACAGUCAUUGCCACGUACAACGGUGACUUUUUCGAUUGGCCAUUUGUUGAGGCAAGGGCUAGUGUUCAGGGAAUCGAUAUGUACACCGAAAUUGGAUUCAGGAAAAACAGCGAGGAUAUCUAUCAAAGUGACCAUUGUGUUCAUAUGGAUUGUUUCGCAUGGGUCAACCGUGACAGUUACCUUCCCCAGGGAAGUCGUGGCCUGAAAGCUGUUACCGUCGCAAAACUUGGCUACGAUCCUGAUGAACUGGACCCAGAACUGAUGACACCAUAUGCCAGUGAGCGACCUCAAACCCUGGCUGAAUACUCAGUUUCCGAUGCCGUUGCGACGUACUACCUGUACAUGAAAUACGUGCAUCCCUUCAUCUUCUCUUUAUGUACCAUUAUUCCCCUCAACCCGGACGACACUCUGCGUAAGGGAACUGGAACCCUGUGUGAGAUGUUGCUUAUGGUGCAAGCCUACCAGAACGAAAUUGUCUUGCCCAACAAACACAAGGACCCCCCGGAGGCUUUCUACGAAGGCCACUUGCUCGAGUCAGAAACCUACGUUGGUGGUCACGUCGAAAGUAUUGAAGCUGGUGUUUUUCGAAGUGACAUUCCUGUUGCCUUCAACGUCGACUCAACAGCCAUCGAUGAACUUCUGCGAGAUCUGGACCACGCUCUCAAGUUCAGUAUCGAAGUGGAGGAGAAAAAGUCAAUGAAUGAUAUUGCAAAUUAUGACGAGGUUAAAGCGCAAAUCGCGGAGAAGCUUCUUGAUCUCAAGAACAACCCGACCCGAAAUGAGGUUCCGUUCAUCUAUCACUUGGAUGUCGCCUCCAUGUAUCCCAACAUCAUGAUCACCAAUCGUUUGCAGCCAGAUUCCAUGAUUGACGACUCAAAUUGUGCUGCAUGUGACUUCAAUCGACCUGGAAAAACUUGUGAUCGACGAAUGCCAUGGGCGUGGCGUGGUGAAUUCCUGCCCGCCAAACGAGAUGAAUAUAACAUGAUUCGGCGCGCCACUGCAAACGAACGAUUCCCGAGUCGAAACAAGAAUGGCUUGAUGAGGUCUUUCGCUGAGCUUAGUAUCGAAGAGCAGGCUGGUGUAGUGAAGAAGCGCUUGCAAGAUUACAGCAAGAAGAUCUACCAUAAGAUCCAUGACAGCAAGACCAUGGUGCGAGAGGCCAUUAUCUGCCAGCGAGAAAACCCCUUCUACGUUGACACGGUACGCAACUUCCGUGAUCGACGUUACGAUUUCAAGGGCAAGCAAAAGGUGUGGAAGAACAAAACCGAUUCUUUGCAAUCAUCCGGCGCAUCUGCGGCUGAAAUUGAAGAAGCCAAGAAGAUGAUCGUCCUAUUCGAUUCUUUACAGCUUGCCCACAAAGUCAUUUUGAACAGUUUCUAUGGCUAUGUCAUGCGGAAGGGUUCUCGAUGGUACUCCAUGGAAAUGGCUGGCGUUACUUGUUUGACAGGUGCUCAUAUCAUUCAAAUGGCGCGUGAGCUUGUCGACCGUAUAGGCCGGCCCUUGGAGCUAGACACUGAUGGUAUCUGGUGUAUGCUUCCAGGAACCUUCCCUGAGAAUUUCUCUUUCACUCUGAAGAACGGGAAAAAACUGGGGAUCUCAUAUCCUUGUGUCAUGCUUAAUCAUCUCGUCCAUGGAAAGUACACGAACCACCAGUACCAAGCACUUGUCGACCCAUCCACACACAAGUACGAGACCUACAGUGAGAAUUCUAUCUUCUUCGAAGUCGACGGUCCCUAUAGAGCCAUGAUUUUGCCAACCUCGAAGGAAGAAGAUAAGAACUUGAAAAAGCGAUAUGCUGUGUUCAAUCACGAUGGUUCUCUGGCCGAGUUGAAAGGAUUCGAAGUCAAGCGAAGAGGAGAGUUGAAAUUGAUCAAGAUUUUCCAGACCCAGAUCUUUAAGUUCUUCUUGGAAGGAAGUAACCUUGCAGAGACCUACGCUGCAGUUGCUCGGGUUGCUGAUCGGUGGCUCGACGUGCUUUUCGAGCGCGGCGCUACCUUGGCCGACGAAGAACUCAUUGAUCUCAUUUCCGAGAAUCGAAGCAUGACAAAGACGCUGGAAGAGUAUGGAAAUCAAAAGUCUACAUCCAUCACAACAGCUAAGCGACUCGCCGAGUUCCUAGGCGAGCAGAUGGUGAAGGACAAGGGCUUGAACUGCAAGUACAUUAUCUCUGCAAGGCCAAGAAACACGCCCGUCACGGAACGAGCCAUUCCAGUUACCAUCUUCUCAGCGGAAGAAAAUGUCAAACGCUUUUUCCUGCGAAAGUGGCUCAAGGAAGAUCCUGGCGACAUGGACCCUCGGACAGUCAUCGACUGGGACUACUACAUCGAGCGUCUAGGCUCCGUGGUGCAGAAGCUCAUCACCAUCCCAGCUGCCCUCCAGAAGUUGCGAAACCCGGUGCCUCGUAUAUCUCACCCUGACUGGUUGCAACGCCGGAUCAACAUGAAGGACGAUAAAUUUAAACAGAAAAAGAUGACGGAUCUGUUUACGAAGUCAGAGAAGGCUCCGCUGUCCUCUAUAUCCACCAAUAUAUUAGACCACCGGGUUCAACAUACUGGAGACAUGGAUGAAGCCGUUGCGCAAUCAACACAGAAGCUCCAGAGGUCUCCUGAGACGAAGGUUACUCAGAAGAGAAAACACCCUGAAAGUAUUCCUAAAACAUCGCUCGAUCCAUUUGCCAGCCUUCCUGCUGUCAUGCCCUCGAUUUCGGAGGACUAUGAAGGCUUUUUGAAGUAUCAGAAGCAAAAGUGGAAAAUCCAGAAGCAAGCUCGAAUUCGCCGCCGUCAACUUUUUGGAGAGCGACCGAAUGUUGCCUCUGACUCCUUGAGCAAUUUUUUCCGAAACCAAGCUCAGAUGCUGUACAUCAGUACCUGGCAAGUCCUUCAGCUUUGCGAAACUGGCCGGCCAGGAAUCGUGCGAGCCUUUGUGCUUAUCGAUCAGAAAAUCCAAGCACUCAACGUCAAUGUCCCUCGACAAUUCUUCGUGAACUUGAAGCGAGACUCUCUACCCGAUAUUGAAGUACCUGCCUGCGAUGUUGAGAAAGUCAACCACACCCUGCCAAAUGGCCACCCAUCGGUCCAUCUCUUCAAAUUGUCUCUUUCGGAAGAUGUUUUCUUGGAAGAGGCGGACAAAAUGGAUGCUUUGUUCCAACACCCCAGCAUCGAGGGUGUUUAUGAGCGAAAUAUUCCAGCCAGCAUCCGAGCGGUACUCAAACUGGGCAGUCACUGUACUUUCGAUGAAGAGCAGCGUGGUGUUCUUGGCGAGGGCCUGGAUCGUGGCUUUGAUCUUUCAUCGUUGUUGCAUACGACUUCUGAGACGCCCUAUUUGUUGAACUCGUCAUUGGCAUACCACUACCUGUACCAUGUUGCUUCUGGGGAUAGACAGGUCUUUGCUCUAUUCUCAACAACCAAAAGAGAGGCACACAUUGUUAUUCUCAACCGCACAAGAGAUGUCCAAGGUCUACCGAAUGUUGAUAAGAUCUACUCGGAACUCCUCGGCCGGAAGUUGCAGGACUCUGAGGGUGAUCCGUCCUUGAAUGCAUUCGAGUAUCAAGAUAAGAUUCAUUUCAAGACAACUCAAGUGAUGACACGACGCAAGGCCUACCUGGAGAUUGGGGAUUUGGUCAGGAAGCUUCGCAGCGACGAGAGUCAACCGGUUGUUUUGGUCAUUCAGUCUCAGCAGAAAGAUCGAUUGUGCCAUGACAUUCCUAUCCUGAAAGAGUAUCCAACUCUGCCCGUGAAGCCUGAAGUGUCGGACAUGGAUCUUCCGCCGCUUGGAUGGCAAUCAUUCAUUGCUCGGCGCCUGGUUACACACUAUCUUUAUUUGUCUGCAUGGAUUCAGCAUUUGACUAUGCUUGCUCGGUACGGUGAUGUGCCUCUUUGCAACCUGGAGACGGAUGACCCUCGAUACCUGAUCGAUAUAUCAUAUGCCAGACGACUCCAGCAAAGCAACGUUGUCCUCUGGUGGUCAAAUGGACCACGACCAGAUCAUGCUGGUUAUGAACGAGAUGACAUUGUCGGCUCGCUCGAAAAGGUUAACAUGCCAUCGGUGAAUGCGCCAAGUGCCUAUACAACGGUGUGCAUUGAACUAGAUGUCCGCAACCUUUCUAUUAACACGAUCCUCACUUCCUCGAUCGUCAAUGAAAUGGAUGGUAGCGACACUCUCCUAGCACCCUCGGGAGGCGCUGCUGAUGAUGCUGGGGUACUCUAUUCCGAAAAGGCGUUUGCUUCUGCUGGUGCAAUGGUCCUACGGGAAAUGGUCAAGCACUGGUGGACAGAAGCUUGUGCUGGCAAUAGCAUGGCUGACAUCAUGGUUCAGCACUUGAUUCGAUGGGUGGAGAGCCCGGUAUCGUGUCUCUAUGAUCGAUCUCUACACAACUAUGUCCGCAUGCUCUCUCGAAAAUCAUUCCAAAGACUGAUGGCAGAGUUUCGACGAGUUGGCUCGAAUGUCAUUUUUGCUAGCUCUACUCGUCUCUUGCUGCAGACCACCAAGACGGAGGUUGGCAAUGCCUACGCCUACAGUCAGUAUGUGCUGAAGUCGAUCCGUGCCAAUCCCUCUUUCCACUUCAUCGACCUUGAAAUCAAGGAAUACUGGGAUUAUCUCGUCUGGUACGAUGAGUACAAUUACGGCGGCAAGGGCUGUCGAGAGGUAGUCGAGGCCGACAAUCAGGACCUUGAGACUGUCAUGCAUUGGCAACUCAGUCGAUUCCUGCCGACCCCCAUGCAAACAAUCUUCCACGACUGGGUAGUCGAGUACAUUGAACUGAUGCACUCGUUGAAGCGGCCCGAUCUCCAGGACGCUGAGAUCUCGUCGACGCCUCGCUUGACGCAGAUUCCCAUUACGCAACUCACCGACAAAGAUAGCGAGGAGGUCUCCGCUGUGCUCGCCGAUCGUUUCUCGAAGCCGCUGAAGAAACAGAUUUCUGGACUCAUUCGCCGCCAGCGCGACGAGAUGCUGCAUCCCGAGCUUGCUUCUGAUUACGCUUUCCCUGUUCUCCCCGGAGUUCUCGAUGAUCCCAAGGGACAUAAGCGCAACCCAGCGUUGGAACUGGUGAAGCUUCUCAUGCAAGUCCUGAGUCUGUCCAAGGCUACCACCCUUGAAUCCCGACUGCUACGUCGGGAACUGCUUGCUCUCUUCGAGGUUCGCGAAUUCAGCAGAGAGGGUCGGUUCGAAAACCCUAGCGCCAACCUGAAACUGCAGGAACUCACCUGUAACGCUUGCUGUCUCAUCCGUGACCUAGACCUGUGCCGCGACGAAGAUGUCCUUCCGGAGCCUGGCUCGGAAGCCAAGGGCCCCAAACCGUGGCGUUGCCCCUUCUGCCAGACCGAAUAUGACCGACUGGCACAGGAAGAAGUUCUGAUUGGCCAAGUGCAUGGCCUGAUUGUUGAAUGGCAGAUGCAGGACCUCAAGUGCUCCAAGUGCAACAGCCUCAAAGUCAGCGAGUUCAUGGAGCACUGUUCUUGCAGUGGUGCAUGGGCCGCGACGGUGGAUAUGAAGGAGACCGAGAAGAAAUUGCGAGUGUUGCAAAGUGUGGCCAACUUCCACAGCCUGAAAUUGCUCGAUGGUGUUGUCGAGGGUGUUCUUGCCCACAUGUAA